CCUCUCCUCUCCUCUGCCCACACACUCUCUCUCUCUGGACGAGGGAGAAUCUUGUACUAGUCCCACUCCCCCCUCCCGUCGCCGUCGCCGCCGGCCCAAACCAAACCCUAGCCGCCUGCCCGCCGGCGGGCGCCAGGCCAUGGACCGCAAGCGCAUCAACGACGCGCUCGACAGGCACCUGCGGGCGGCCACGGAGCGGUCGUCGCCCUCCACCUCCCGCGGCGCCAAGCCCAAGCCGCCCCCCGCCGCCGCCCCCAAACCCAAAGAGCAGCUGGAUUCGGACAGCAGCGAGGGGGGCAGCGUCGGCGGGUCCUCGGAGGCGGACGACACCUUCUGGAUCAACUGGUUCUGCGCCAUGAGGGGCAACGAGUUCUUCGCCGAGGUGGAUGAUGACUACAUCCAGGACGACUUCAACCUCUGCGGCCUCAGCGCCCAGGUCCCCUACUACGACCACGCCCUUGAUCUCAUCCUCGACCUCGAGCCCGUCCAGGGGGAUGUGUUUGCCGAUGACCAGAAUGAGCUGAUAGUGGCGUCCGCGGAGAUGCUUUACGGGUUGAUCCACGCCCGGUACAUCUUGACCACCAAGGGCUUGGCUGCCAUGCUGGAGAAGUUCAAGAACUGCGACUUUGGAAGGUGCCCCCGCGUGUCCUGCUCUGGUCAGCCCUGUCUUCCAAUGGGCCAGUCCGAUAUCCCUAGGUCCAGUACCGUCAAGAUAUAUUGUCCCAAAUGCGAAGAUCUCUACUACCCAAGAUCCAAGCACCAAGCCAAUACAGACGGCGCAUACUUUGGGACGACGUUUCCUCAUAUUUUCAUGAUGACCCACUCACAAUUGAAGCCACAGAAGCCAGCGCAGCAAUACGUUCCCCGGAUAUUCGGCUUCAAAGUCCACAAGAAAACAUGACGGUAUCGUGGUGGCGUACUGCCUUGGGCUUGUUUCGCCUAGUAUGUCACCAGGAACGAUGAGGACCCGCACUAUAGCUGGGCAUGGAAAAAUGCUUUGGCCGGUUCAAGACGACAAGGCACCGAACAACUAUGGCACAUUCUUUCUCUGUAUGAAGACCUGCUCUUGGGAAAAGAAAUCUCGAGGAGGUCUGAUCAAGCUGUCAGAUCCAUGUCAUGUUGGGUAUUUGGAUGAUCCCGGUGAGACGGCAAUGGGUUUGUGCCUCUGCUCUGUUUUGAUUUUGAAUGUUCGUCCAAACAGGGCAUAUGUUGCUGGAUCUGUUGUGUAUCCUAAUGUAUUUCGCUCUUCAUUCUGUGGUGCCGAGAAAUCGGACGGCUGAGACUGCUGGAGAAAAUCGUGUUUCGGAGUAUUGUUGCAUGUGAUUCGUAGAAAAUUCAAGUUAUGUGUG